UUCAGAUGUCUCUCCACAUCAAGGAUUUUAGUCGCUUGUUGUCGCUGUGUCCAUGGAAAGUUUGUGUGUGUUUUUUUCCUUCCUGAAAGUUUACGCAGGGCUGUUGCGCGCAUCCAACAUGACAGAGAAAGUAACGGACAUCACGGCUGGCAGUGAUUCCCUGCUGUGCUGGUUACUGCAAUGAAUGGUAACACUGUCCAGCAGACCACAAGCACUGCACCGUCCAUAGCGCCUCCUUGUGGAUGGAGGGAGUUCUGCGAGUUGCAUGCCAGCACCACGGCCCGAGAACUUGCCCAGCACUACCGGCGCUUCGUCAGAGAGCGGCCGGUGCAGGAUGUGGUCCCGCCAGAAAGUUUCUCAAAGCAGUUCAGCGCCCUCUUCCAGCACCACUUCAGCUGCGAGGUGGCUAAAGAUGCAGAACCUGCCCUGUGGCCUCCACUGCCUCCUCCUUUGCUGCCCAUGACUGGCCGCUUACGCAUCACUUCCUUCUCAGGGGUGCUGGAUUACCGGGAGACUGCGCGGCCAGGAAUGACUCCAUUAGUUGCCGUGUUGGCACCCAAACCAGAUGCUGCCGUCGUCCCUAGAGAACAGGAGCAGUUGCUGCGAUGCUCUCCCGCAGACACUACACACAGAACGCGGCAUCAUAGCCAGGAAGAUGAACACCUAGAGCAGAGGACCGGGUCUGAACGAUAUUCACCCACUUUGUUUUCCUUCCCUUCCCGUAGUGAUGUAACCAACUUUUCUGUCAGGGGAUUUCGAGAAAGCGUAUGCCGAUUCUUUAAGAAAUCCCCCCAAACUGAUGAACCUUCAGGUAGCCCAAGGGACGAUUUGAUCAAGGGGGGCGGACCCUCAGCAACUAUUGAAUGCACCCCUCAAACCCCACCUCAGACUGUGCAGGUACCCGCCCAUCACACCUCGCAGAAGGGUGCGCGGUGGGAACGAUGGAAUCUGUUACGAACUGUGAGACGGAGACAAGAGACAGGAAGUGUUUGUAAAGAGGGGCAGCUGCGGUACCUGGAGGUGGAUGACACUAUCUCAGACACACCCCCGCAUUGGCUGCGCUGCCACCUGCAGGUCAGGAGGAUCAACGAGCACACCGCUAGUGAGAGGUACCAGCUGGAGCUCUACGACCCACCCAAGGACUACAGAACGCCAAAGCUCACCGUACCCUGUUCAGACAUCCAAGAGAUUCGACGCUGUAAUCGCCUAGAGAUGCCAGACAACAUGAACACAUUUGUCUUAAAGGUUACUGGUCAUGCGGGUAGUUUUCUCUUCGAGGCUGAUAAUGAGCAGCAGGUGAGCUCUUGGACCACGGAGCUCAGAGAAUGCAUCUCCAGCAGGUCAGAUAGUGUGGAUGGAGAAGCGUUUCCUGUCAGCGACUCGCUCAAUGCAGCUCGCAGAGGGAGUACAGAGCCCAGCGGCCAGGGCUCUCUGGGUUUUGGACUCUCAGAGCACACCUAUAAUAAAACGGAUCACUUCCUGUCCUCUUACCCAUGGUUCCAUGGGCCCAUAUCACGUGUGCGAGCUUCCUACCUUGUACAGCAUGCCGGGUUCAGCGGUCAUGGGAACUUCCUGGUGAGACAGAGCGAGACACGAAGAGGAGACUACGUCCUCACAUUUAACUACCAGGGCAGAGCAAAGCAUUUGCGUCUAUCUUUAACUGAGUGGGGUCAGUGUCGUGUGCAGCACCUGCGUUUCCCAUCAGUCAUGGACAUGCUGAGUCACUUCCGCAACUGUCCGAUCCCACUGGAGUGCGGCGCCGCAUGCGAGGUUAUGCUGGCCAAUUAUGUGCGGGUAAACCCCACUCACACAGGUCAGAGUUCGGCUGUCGGCUCUCCGGUAUUGGUGCCCUUCUCUCGCUGGAGCUCAGAGCCGAGUUUGACGCACUGUAGUCCGGAUUCAUGCCCUCACUCCAGCCCCUCCACAGCCCAGUCGUCAGCAUUAUCCGCACUCCCGCAUCAUGCGCCCUCUUCGUUUCCAGACCGCCCCGUUCCCGUCCCCCUGCGCCGGAGCGAGUCGGUGGGCCGCAGAAACCUGCUCCGCCACCCCAACCCGCUGCCGCCCCUACUGGCCAACCGAGACUCUGACUAUGAACUGGAGCCGCCCGACAGGGGGCGCAAGAGAGCCAUCGACAACCAGUACAUGUUCUUCUGACAGAGACAGAGGUGAAAAAGAACAAAAGAAGUAACAGAGGAAAAAUGCUCCAGAAUUCCCAGCCAGACGGAGAGCAUCCGGCAGCCAAACGGAGAAAGGAGUUGGAGUCGUGUGAGAUUGCGCACGAGACUCAGGGUUGAAGCACCUGUGCGUGAACGAUACUGCCGGAGACCUGCCGUGUGUCUACCGUGUGAAUGUAUUAUACAGAUGUGUCACUAUCAAAUCGGUGUGUGUUGUAGAAUAGCUCAGAGGAGUUGCUGGAUGGGAACAUUUCACGAUGGCUGGUCAGUAAGUGGAAGUCCGUGUCUACACUGGACAUCGCGACAACUUGAGGCCGUCUACACUGGAUACAUUCACAAUCAGCUGCAAUCUCAAGGCUAGACUUUAGUAAUCGACGAUUACUAAAAUGACAAUAAAAUCAGUUUGUCAAUCAGACAAAAAAAGUCGAAACAAAAAUACUUUAUUAAAUUUGAUUUUGCGUGUGAUUAAUUUGAUAACUAAUUUUACGUUCGUAUUCUUACAACUGCAUAUGAAGAAUUCAUUUGCAAAAACAGAUAACUCCAUUUUUAACAAUUCUCAAAAAUUGUUUUUUCAUUGUGCAUUCCAAUUAAUCUCAGUCAGUCUGCCAUUAGGUUAUUUUGAUUAGGUUAAAAAAUACAGCUAACACAAUGAAAAAUUUUUACAAAACAGAGUUAUCAAAAGAGUUAUCUUAAGUAGAAUUAACAAAAUUAUCCAAAAUUGAAUUUGAUUUUGCAUAUGAUUAACCAUAUCAUUAAUUUUACAUAUGGUCAUAUUCCAACAACUGCAUGUGCAUAUGGUCAGAAAAAAAAAUGUUUUAAGUAAGCUAUAGCAAUAUAAUCAGACAAGAAAAAAAAAUCUUUAUUUUUAAUAUAAAAUUACAAAAUCAAUUUUUAAUGUGAAUAAUUUUAUAUUUGAUAUGUUAGUAUUCCUACAACUGCAUAGAUAUAUGGAUACAUACAUAAUCAUGUCAGACCAGAAACAUCAUGAGCUUUUUUUAAAUUAUUAUUAUUAUUAAAAUCACAUUUUCUAUGUGUCUUGAGUCAGAAAUGGAGAAAUGGGGUGUCCACAUCAGGGGCUCAGAGUGUAGACGGCUCCGGAGUCAUUUAGUUUUGUCGCAGGUGUCUGGUGUAAAUACGGUGGUAAACAUCCAAAAGAUUCGAAUCGUUUUCAGUCUGGUUGCACACACACACACACACACUUUCAAAUUGUUUAUUUCAUGUUCAUUUGUAGUAAUACACAGGUUUCUUUGUUUUGCUAUGUAAAAAAUAAAUAAAUAAUAAUAUAGAUCGUUGAACCACAGUUUUACAGUCAACACAGCGAGUCUUGUUAUCUUGGAUUCUAGAGGUUUACAAUUUCAUCUGACCAAAGAGUAAAAUUAACCAAAUCAGACCAGCAGUACGAUUUGUUUUAUGCCUCAAUUAUCAUUUUAUAAUGAAUUUGUUUUACCCUGUGAAUUCAUUCUUUCUGUCUGCUUUAACACAUUUUAACCUGUUUCACAGCUUCAUUAGCUGUGUAAAUACUACUUUUAAACUAACAGCAGCCAAAUCUGACACCCUAAAUAGUUGAUUUUAAGCUAUUUAUCCAUUGUUUUUCAGUAAGUGUAUUACAAAAAAAACAAACUCUUUUUGAAUCAUUGUGAAUGUCUAAUAUUUGUGGCUUAACACUACCACAAUAAUCAAAUCUGUAUCAAGUGCAGACACCCAACUUUUUCUCAUUCAUACAUAAUUUGGCGAAUCUCACAUUUCACCAAGUCAAAAGAAAAAAAUAGAAUUAAAAUAAUGCCUAAUUAUUCAAAUAUAUAUA